AUGUCGAAUGUCGAUUUACCUAGCGAUGGCCUCCUCGGCGUCGACUACGAUUCUAGAGGCUAUCUCCAGCAUACAUGGCCCGUGCCGGUAGAUCAGAACCCCUCCCGGUCUGACGAAGCCCACGAUCUCUCACGCCUUCAAACCAGCGGUCACACCCUGGAACAGUCGGUGGCCCAUGAUCACAACCUGAUGGUCGACUGGCAAUUUCAACAACUACACCACAGCCCACAUCAGCACCAGCCGCUGCCCUAUUCGCCCGAGGACCCGUCAUCCGCGCCCCAGUUUACCUCGAGCUAUGCCAUGGCCAUUCAGUCGUCUCCAGUGGAUCUCAUGUCUGACCCCCAGGGUCAAAUGAGCGCCGGUCUGCUUGAUGGUCCCUAUCUGCCCUUAUCGGGCCCCGUCGGAAAUAUGGUGCCCUUCACCUAUCAUGACUUCCAAACCGACCUGAUGACUUUCCCAAAUGGACUUCAUGAUGUCUACCACUCGGCCCCGCACCCUGUUCUGGAGAGCAGCUCGCCUACAGACACCUAUCUCGAGGUCCGUUCCCUUUCCAGUAGCGACAAUGGCUGGAGCACGGUCGACCACCGCCGUUCCCUCGACUUCGGUUUCCCCGAGCAGGGUGUCUUUGUCAACCCCACCCAGACUCUCCAUGACCGCAGUCUCUCCGAGUCUUCAUAUUCGACUUCCUACGGCAGCUUUGUUGAUCUUGCCAAUCCCAUCAGUUCUCCCAGCUCGGAAACAAAUAUGGAAUUGCCUUAUAACCCCCAUCAUCACCACCAUCAUAGCCACUCCCACAGUCACAGCCACAGCCACUCAUUGAGCCUGUCAGGUACAUCUCCCAUAAUCAGCUCUAUCAUUCCCCGCGCCAAUGAUGAGCAUUCCUCGCACGGCUCCCGCUCUCCGUCUGCGGUCAGCCCAAGUGCCAUGGUUCGCCCAAUUCCAGUUCCUAUUAAGAAGUCAACUUCUCCCACGCGGUCAGCCGGAUCUCAGUCUUCUGCUUCUCCCCCUAGCAGGAAACCGUCCCGCAAGAGCCCAAUCGCCGCCAAGACUGCCGAGACCAAGGUCCGCAAGCAAUCUCAGAACGGCAAGCCCGAGACUGAGAAGCGAGUCGGCAAGCGAAAGGGUCCUCUUAAGCCCGAUCAGCGUAAGCAGGCCAGCGAGAUCCGGAAGCUCCGUGCAUGCUUGCGAUGCAAGUUCCUCAAGAAGACCUGCGACAAGGGCGAGCCCUGUGCAGGCUGCCAGCCGUCUCAUGCUAGGUUGUGGCAGGUGCCUUGCACUCGUAUUGACAUCAAGGAGAUUGGGUAUUUCAUGAAGGACUGGAAGGCCGACUACGAGCGCCAUAUCUCCAUGGGAUUCUCCGUUGGCAACAUCAAGGGCUUCUCGGACCAGGAGCGCACGCUAUUCAUUACGCACGGUUAUGGUCAGAUUCUGCCUAUCAAUGCUCGUGAGGUCUACGUCCGCGACGAGCAGUGCUUCACCGUCGACUGGGUCGAGUCUAUGCACCGCGAGCCCACGGAGUACGAAGUCGAGACUGCCAAACUCUCCGCUGGCAUGGAGGGCAUCUCGCACGCUAUGUUGUCUGACUACCUGGACCGUCACAUUGACGGCAACGGAACUUUUGAGAAGUUUGUCGACGACUACUUUGAGGGCACGCCGUUCUUGACGCAGAUGCUCAAGACUGCAUUCCGCUAUUACUACCGCACCAAGCUACCGGUUAUCCGGAAGGCACUGAAGUUGAUUAUUGCUUAUAACCUGACCCUGCACGUUACCAUGGUCGAAGGACUGGGUGGCGAGGAAGGAUUGCUUGGUCAGAUUCGAGAGCCGGGCUCGAAGUUCCGUGGCAAGGUCAUGGCCCCCGUGAUGAUCAACUUCCAGAUCAAGUGUGCUAUGGCGAGCAUGUGGCGUGAGCUUCAGAAGGAUGUUCUGGAGGAGCUUUCUGCCUUGUACUCCAGUGUGUACAGUGGUGAUAAGCUCAAGAACUGGCCGACCAUCUUCAUCCUGGCUUCCAUCUUGUUGGCUGUCUGGGAGGAGAUGCAGUUCGACUCCGCCUACCGCACUCCGGACCAGGCUGCCGUCGAUAAGUUCUGCACCGACAUGGAGACCACUCCCGUCGGUGUCAUUGUCGGUCUGUUCCAGGCCAUCUCACAGAAGCUGCCCCCCUUCACCGAGUGGGACACGCAGAAACAUCACCAGCUGCUUUACUCCAACCCCGACGUGUGCAACACCAUGACCGAGGUUCGGCAGCACGUUGAACAGCACGAGACCUACCUCCGCAGCCGCUCAAGUUCCAAAUUCAACCGCAGCGACUUCGACUGCCUCUCCAACAAAUUUGUCUCCCGACUUGUGAUUCGCGCCAACUAG